AUGUUUAGUAUCACAUCCUUUCUUGCACUCAUCCUUCCGAUCACUGCGAUACCGUUCAACGUCGGCACAGCGCUGUACAGCAUAGACGACGUGACAUCCAAGACGUGGACAACAGAAGAAGUGGCAAUCUUGCGCAGUCGCAUUUUAAUGGACAAGUUAAUUCCGAAAAAUUUAGUCGGCGGAAAAUCAUUUCUUAAGUACGUUCAGAUAAUUGUAAACAAGUUUGAGACAAUCUCCAGCGAAAAGGCGAGAAAAGUAGCAAUGGUUACGGCCUGUGAUGCGAUAGGUGCUUAUCUUCAAGGGGUGAUGCUGCCACACGUAAAGGAUCGAUAUUAUAACGGCCACGAGAGCUAUGGAGUCACCAACGAGCUGUUCGCGUUGGAACGGAAGAUCAAGUUCAUUUUGGAUACUGACGGACGUGGUUGGAUGACGCCCGAAAACGCCGGACAGCAGAGAACGGCUGUUGAAGCAGCCUCCAAAAACGACGACGAGGACAAUAAUAAUUCCAUUUUCGAGGAGACGGAAAACGCGUGUGCAGCGCUCUUGACAAAUGUCGUACCGUCGGGCGAGGAAUUGAUCACUGCCGUGCCGGUACCAGCUUUCGACGAUGAUAAGAACCCGGGGUCGCUGGCAUUCCCGUUCGUGGUCGGCAAGCGGCUGUUCUCCGUGGACAGACCGUGGCUGUCGGCCGAUGACCACCGUCCACUGCUCGUUCGGUAUUACCGACUGGCCGUCGGCUGUACGUCGCCAGCGCCUGAACAGUUCCGGGUGGACAUGCACCGUUGGCUGGACAGCGUGGUGGUACCGCUGUUGGCCGACCGCAACCGGUGGUUCCCCGUGCUGGCCGGCGCGACGCGCGUCAUCCGGGCCGCGGCCAAGGUGACAAGCGUCGACGUGACCGCGGUCGGCCGUCCUAAGAGGAAGGUGACGGCGAAUACGAAGACCGGGCUGACUGUGGCUAACGAUGACGGCGGCGAUGACAAUGUCCGCCGGUCGUGCGACGACGGGACUGACGGCCAAGUGCCCAAUGUAAAUGUAUCCUUGGCUGUCAUUCUGUUGUCGCUCCUAUCCACGUGGUUAUCGUUCUGGGCAUUCGGGUUUGAACGGCUGCAAUCGCAAACUGUGACUUACAGCAGAAAACCAGAUGUGGUUUUCAACUUAUAA